GAAGCUCCUUUCGGGCCCGCCCCCUGUCCCCGGACCCGGAAGUAGGGCGUCAGCAGCUGGCGUGUCGCCCUCCGCGGGCCGAAGCCCACCAUGCUCCGCGGACCCCGCCACCUCCUCUGGGCCUCCGUACCACCCGCCGCGGCCCUGGCUGCGGCGCUGCUAUCGUCGCUUGUGCGCUGCUCUCUCCUAGAGCCGAGGGACCCAGUGGCCACGGUGCUCAGCCCCUACUUCGGCACCAAGACUCGCUAUGAGGAUGUCAACCCCGGACUACUGUCGGGCCGGGAGGCUCCGUGGCGGGACCCGGAGCUGCUGGAGGGGGCCUGCACCCCGGUGCAGCUGGUCGCCCUCAUUCGCCACGGCACCCGCUACCCUACGGCCAAACAGAUCCGAAAGCUGAGGCAGUUGCAUGGGCUGCUGCAGGCUCGCGGGCCCGGGGAUGACGCGGUUGGUAGUGCCGGCAGCCGCGACCUGGGUGCCGCGCUGGCCGACUGGCCUUUGUGGUACGCGGACUGGAUGGACGGGCAACUAGUGGAGAAGGGACGGCAGGAUAUGCGACAGCUGGCUUUGCGUCUGGCCUCGCUCUUCCCAACCCUCUUCAGCCAGGAGAACUAUGGCCGCCUGCAGCUCAUCACUAGCUCCAAGCACCGCUGCGUGGAUAGCGGCGCUGCCUUCCUGCAGGGGCUGUGGCAGCACUACCACCCUGGGUUGCCGCCGCCCGACGUCGAAGAUAUGGAGUGUGGCCCUCCAAAGAUUAAUGAUAAACUAAUGAGAUUCUUUGAUCACUGUGAGAAGUUUUUAGCUGAAGUGGAAAGGAAUGCUACAGCUCUUUAUCAUGUGGAAGCCUUCAAAACUGGACCAGAAAUGCGGAACAUUUUACAAAAAGUUGCGGCUACUUUGAAAGUACCAGUAAAUGAUUUAAAUGCAGAUUUAAUUCAGGUAGCUUUUUUCACCUGUUCAUUUGACUUGGCAAUUAAAGAUAUUAAAUCUCCUUGGUGUGAUGUUUUUGACAUAGAUGAUGCAAAGGUGUUAGAAUAUUUAAAUGAUCUGAAACAAUAUUGGAAAAGAGGCUAUGGAUAUACUAUUAAUAGUCGAUCCAGCUGCACCCUGUUUCAGGAUAUCUUUCAGCACUUGGACAAAGCAGUUGAGCAGAAACAAAGGUCUCAGCCAGUUUCUUCUCCAGUCAUCCUCCAGUUUGGUCAUGCAGAGACCCUUCUUCCACUGCUUUCUCUCAUGGGCUACUUCAAAGACAGGGAACCCCUAACAGCUUACAAUUAUAAGGAACAAAUGCAUCGGAAGUUCCGAAGUGGUCACAUUGUACCUUAUGCCUCGAACCUAGUAUUUGUGCUUUACCAUUGUGAAAAUGCUAAGACUCCUGAAGAAGAAUUCCGAGUGCAGUUGUUAUUAAAUGAAAAGGUGUUACCCUUGGCUCACUCACAAGAAACUGUUUCAUUGUAUGAGGAUCUGAAGAACCACUACAAGGAUAUCCUUCAGAGUUGUCAAACCAGUGAAGAAUGUGAAUUAGCAAAAGCUAACAGUACAUCUGAUGAGCUAUGAGUAACCGAAGGACAUUUUUAAUUCAUCAGGAAUCUAUAGGGAGUGAUUACAUGCUUGUAAUAGGUAGGCGAUCCCU